GAGAGACAUUGAUGAGUAAUAGGGAUUACCCAAGAAGUAUUAUAAAAAGGUCUGAGGAGUGAACUACUCUUCGGAUGCUGCCUGCAUUAAGCGUGAAGGACAUCUGAUACCCUAACAAAGGGCGCCAAGUUUGAAUUGCCUCCUGUGAGACUAAACUUAUAACUGAGCCUCAAACAAGAACAAACACAAGCGAGUCUUUUACAUCAUUCCUGAAGGACUGCAACCUGCGGACGGAACAAUGGAAAUGCAUGUGUUUUUCCUGCUUUGUAUUUCUAUGAUGCCUUGGUUUACAGUCACAACUGCAGCUACAGCCAGAAAUAUUGCUUUAUAUGGCAAGGCCACACAAUCAGACCUGGUCGGGGAUCCUUGGUCAGGAGAGAGCCAUGCCAGCAAUGCUAUUGAUGGAAAUCUUGACUCACAUUUUCAUCAUGGAUCCUGUACUCAUACUGAAUCGCAAAAUGACCCAUGGUGGAGAUUGGAUUUACUAGAGGAGUACGUAGUGACCUCCGUAACUAUCACCAACCGAAAAGACUGCUGUCCUGAAAGACUUGAUGGAGCCGAGAUACACAUUGGAAACUCUCUGCUGAACAACGGCAACAGCAACCCAUUGGCUGGAAAGAUUUCAUCCGUUCCAGCUGGGGGAUCCGUCACUUUUGAUUUGAAGAAAGGCAUUCCAGGCCGUUACGUCAAUGUGGUCAUACCUGGAUCUAAUCGAGUUCUUACCCUUUGUGAGGUCGAGGUUUACGGUUAUCCAGCUUUUUAUGCCAAAAAUCUUGCUUUAUAUGGCAGGGCCACACAAUCAGACCUGGUCGGGGAUCCUUGGUCAGGAGAAGGCCAUGCCAGCAAUGCUAUUGAUGGAAAUCUUGACUCACAUUUUCAUCAUGGAUCCUGUACUCAUACUGAUUCGCAAAAUGACCCAUGGUGGAGAUUGGAUUUACUAGACGAGUACGUAGUGACCUCCAUAACUAUCACCAACCGAAAAGACUGCUGUCCUGAAAGACUUGAUGGAGCCGAGAUACACAUUGGAAACUCUCUGCUGAACAACGGCAACAGCAACCCAUUGGCUGGAAAGAUUUCAUCCGUUCCAGAUGGGAGAUCCCUCACUUUUGAUUUGAAGAAAGGCAUUUCAGGCCGUUACAUCAAUGUGGUCAUACCUGGAUCUAAUCGAGUUCUUACCCUCUGUGAAGUUGAGGUUUAUGGUUAUCCAGCUCCUGAUGGUGAAAAUGUGGCUUUAAAAGGCAAAGCUACACAAAAAGUCCCCCUUGAAAACAACUUUGCAUCCAAUGCCAUUGAUGGGAAUAAAGAUGGUAAUGUCAAUCAUGGAUCCUGUUCUCAGACCGAAAAAACCCUCAAUCCCUGGUGGAGACUGGACCUACUGAAAAGGCACAAAGUGUUUUCAGUAGUAAUAACAAACAGAGUAGAUUUCUUUGCUGUAAGACUGAAUGGGGCAGAAAUCAGAAUUGGAAACAGUCUGGACAACAACGGCAAUGACAAUCCCAGGUGUGCUGUGAUCUCUUCCAUUCCUCCUGGUUUUUCCACCACCUUUGAAUGUGAUGGGAUGGAAGGACGUUACAUUAAUGUUGUUAUUCCAGGACGGGAAGAAUAUCUUACACUGUGUGAGGUUGAAGUGUACGGCUCACCACUGGAUUGAGAAGCACUUAAAUAACAGAAGAAGGACAAAGGAUAUUAAAUAACAUGGUCUAAACAGAAAAGACAUAAAAUAACAGGAUCUAAAUUUGGGGGGGUUGGUGGUGUUGGGGGAUGAAUGAUCGGACAAUCCUCAAAUGCAAACUGUGUGUGUUUUGCCUUGAGAGCAACCAUACAUUUGUGUUGUGUUUUGCUUUCUUUUUAUAUAUUCUUCAUUUAUUUUUCAUUCAUUUAUUCAUUUAUAAUCAUUUCAUCAUGUUAUUAUUCAUUUAAUCAUUAAUCAUUUAUAAUAAUCAUUAUAGUCAUUUAUAUAUUCAUUUUAUUGAUUCAUUAAUUGAUUAGUCAUUUAUAUUAUAUUAUAGUUGUUUUUUAUAUAUUUUUUCCAUUGUUGUUUAGUCUUAUGACUGUGUAGUUUCAAGGGCUGUUUGUCUUCAUGAACAAGAGAUACAAGGGAAUGUUUAUGGAAACUCAGGGUUUAUGGGAUGUUGUUUUGAAUCAGUUUGGUAUAACAAUACUUGUUGGAUUUGUGUUCUUCAGACAAA